UUUUUUCGCACGUUUUUUUAGCUUUUUAUACAUAUUUAGUUAAUUUAUUGACAGAAGAUUUGUAAAAUUAGCUGACAAAAUUAGGUUUAAAUAAAGGAUGCAAGCCUACGGCACUUUGGACGUAAAGUGGGCCAAAGGCUUCAAGGGGGAUCGGUUAUCCCACGUUGAUCGCGACAUGGUUUGUUUCUCGUGCGGGAACAGCAUUAAGUUUGUUAACGUGGUUACUGGCGCUGAGAGCGUGUUCCAACCACCGGGUGGUGCUGUGUGUCAAGUGACAUCAUCAUCGCAUCACCGGAUGUUUGCUGUAGCAGAAGAAGGACUGAACCCAAUUAUCACAAUUUAUAAUUUCCCAUCUUGUGAAGUGGUGUGUGCAUUAGAAGCUGGUGCACUUCUUGGAUAUUCACAACUCCAGUUUUCAUUCAAUGGAAGUUUUUUCGCGGCAACUUCAUCAAUUCCUGACUUCUCUAUAUUUGUGUGGGAUUGGCAAACCGGGAAGUUAAAAUGUCAUGAAAAGCUUCCAGGGGAAUCCCCUGUGACAUCACUACUCUUUAACCCGCUAAACAAACGAGAAAUUUCUACGAUUUCUGAGACUCAUGUUUCCAUAUGGACGUUGGAGGAAUGCAACGAAAUAUCGACCAUGAAAUCUAAAGUUGUGAAUCUUCCCACUACUGAUGGUGUAAUCCUCUCAAAUGGUGAAGACCUCGCGUCACGAUCGGGGACACGACAAGGAUUUAACGUUCAUCUCCCAACGUCGACAAGAGCUGGCUUGGUGGGUGGAAACGCAGACAAGUUUGAGCCACCUGAGCUUCGGCGCCCUCGUGUGAUCCCAUCCUCGCAAUGUUGGUCAAGUCGCGGUGAAAUAUACGUCGGGUGCGUCGGUGGGCAACUGUUUCGUGUCGAUGGGGCAAGCGGUAACCCUGCUUUGUUGCUGGGUGGAAUAUCUGAUUCGUUAUUGGUAGGCGAGAUAGAAUGUGGAAUGUUUCACAGUAUUUCAUUGAAUUCUGAAGGAUUAGUAGCAGGGGGGGACGAUGGGACGCUCAGGUUGAUACAACUUGAUAAUAAUGGUGUCAAGAUAACAGAGUUACACAAAGGCAUGCAACCGAUCACUUGCCUCAGCUUUGCCCCCCCACUUUAUGUCGACCUCGUUCUAUCGACAUCCAGUGGUGAAAUACAACAUUAUAGUUUGGUUGAGCGAGAAUGUGGGCCGAUAAUCACGACGAGAACCGGAGAUUUUGUUGGGGCGGGUUUUACAUGCGCUGGCAAGCUGGCUGUGACUUGUCGUGAGGAUGGGGAACUCCAAAUAUGGUCGUGUGAAGACGGCUCUCUUGUCGCAAGUUUCUCCUUGUGCACAAGGACCUGUUCCUUAUCAUGUUGUCCAUCAAGCCCAGUGGUUGCCAUCGGCACAUGGACGGGACAUGUUUGUUACAUUGAUACAAGCUCGUUACUCUCCGAAGAAAUCAACCUCCGACAAGUUGGUUCAACAAGAAUACACCAUUCACCAGUUACAUACUUAAAGUACAAUGCUGGGGGUGAUUUUCUCCUCACAGCAUCCGAAGACGAACCUCACAUAUUUAUCAUUGAUGCAAAACCAUCCUCAGGGUUCCAAUGCAUAGGAUACGUAGACUGUGACGGAACAAUCAAAGAUAUUUCAAUUCAUCACAAUAGUUCAACAUCAACUGUACUUGCUGUGAUGUCACAAUCGAAUGACAAUGGAGAUUAUGAUUCAAACAAUCUCAUUAUGUUCUCACUUACAUCUGAGUUGCUUAGCAACACCGACGGCCAUUUUGUUUCACUUAGAAACAAUUUCAAAGAUACUUCCGUAAAGUUAACCCGACACUCGUUAUCCGUGUCGGUUGAUUCUGCUAUUGUCACAACUAUUGGCGAUAACAUAGAAAUAGCAGCUUUGUCGUCGGAAAGCAAGAAUUUACUCCAGUUUAAAUUACCUCAUACAACCCAGGGCCCAACCCCCAUCCACCCAGUGUCUGAACAUUAUGGCCACCAACUAUCUGGAGGUUCCGUCAUAUUAUCCCCGCAUGGAAAAUGGGUUGCUUCAUUUGCUCCAGAUGGCGAUGUUAUUGUUAGGGAUGUGUCCAACUGGGAUAGCAUCACAAGGUUCCAACCACACUCCUACAUACACGGUGGGGUAAAAACUUUGACGUUUUCACCGGAUGCUUCUCACUUCAUAUCUGUUGGAUAUUCCGAUCAGGCUUGUAUGUGCUACCAAUGGAAUUUCACAAGUAAAGGCCAAUCUGCUGGCAACAAUGCUGUUGAAUACGCGCGUGUAUUGAACAUGAGGUUACGAAGUGUAAUGGACGUGGAAGGUGACGUGUUGGCUGCCAUGGAGGAAUGGUCGCCAUCUACAAAAAUUGCAACUCCUGACCAAGAAGAACAAGACGUUAGUGAUGUCACAAGACCCAAGUCUGGUGCUCGUAGUGAAGUGACAAUGACCCCAACCCCGACCCCACAGUCCGAUGCGACGUGGCUCGAUGCACGGACGUUGCUUGCUGUCAAAGAAGAGAAUGCUAAAUAUGACGAGGUGAAGAGAGACCUCAGGAAGAACAUCAAAGAAUUAAGAAAAACGAUCCUCGGGAUGAUGGAAAACAAUAAUUCUCUCCCCGAUUUGGAGCAACUUCGUCACGAUGAAUAUAACCUCGAUACGGAUGAGCAGUCCAAGAUGCAAGAACAACAGGAUCAAAGGGUUCAGGAGAUUCGCGAGGAAAUUGAAUUUGAAAAUUUGGCUCAGCGUUACUUGGCGUAUUUGAUCACCAAGCAAUGCUGGGAUGAUAUGGUUACGAAGGGUCGAUCAUUGAAAGGAUUCACUUCCAGUUGUUCGGUCACCAACUACCCAACCACCAGUGUUUCCAGUGAAGAAAAUGCAAUCCUAAAUAAAGUGUCAAGGAUGAGAAAGAUCGAAAUGGCGCUCAACACUGUCCAAAAGUCGAUCGUGGAGACGGGAACGAAACAAGGAGGCGACGAAGAUGAAGAGGAAGAGAAAGUUGGUCUGUCUCUUCAUGGGAGUUUGGGACCUAACUACUCAGGAGGGAACGAGAUGUUUUACUCACAGUUUGAUCUUCACACAAGAGAAGAAAAGAUCACACAGAUUAUUUUGGUCAAGGAUGCAAUCCGAAGAAUCAAGUCUUCCUUUAAUGAAGCGUUCACGAACAUUUUCCGUAACAAAGAACAAGAGAUCACAAGAACAAUGGAACGUAAUGUGAGGAUAAGGGAAAUAAUGAAGGAACUCGAUUUAGACGCCGACUCGGUGAAAGAUCCACAAAUGGACGUUGAUGAAAAACCUGAGAAAGUUUUCAUUGUUACCGAUGAUGAGGUCACGGUUGAACGAGUCCUCAGUAAAGAGCAGCAGAAGGAGAAGGAGGAGCAGGAGCGUGUGGAGCAGGAGAGGAAGGAAGCGGCGAAGCAAGACAACAAACGUGAACGUGCGUUAACGGACAUGAUGGGAGGGGUGUUGGAGGUCAAGAAGGAAGAUGCUCUUAAACAGGAUAUUCCAACCCCCGACUUUAUGGAUGAGAAGUUAGAGAAAGACUGGACUGACGAGGAAAAGAAAAAGGCAAAAGAACAUCAGAAGAAACUAAAAGACUUGCAAGAAGAAAGAGAAAAAUAUCGAAAAAACCUCGAGAAUGAAUUAAAGAAACUCCAGCAGAAUAAUCUGGAUGCGAUCACCAACUACGAUGAAUCACUUCAACAGUUGUUUAACAGGAAAGUAAAAACAGAGAUGGUCGUAAACCAGGAGGAACUUAAGAUCCUCCGGAUGACGCAAGCCAUCAUGGUGGCUGAUGAACUCGCAACUCAUGAAGAUCAACUUAACAAACUAUUAGAGCUCAAGAACAAGUUUAAGGCGAGUUCAUCAUCUAGAUUGGAAGAUAUUCAGAUGCUGGUGAAAGAUUACGAAGAAAUCAACGACAGCACGAUCGCUGAGGAUAAAAUGUUGGAUCGAGCGUUUAAACGAGAUUUCUCUGACGUCCCUCUUUCUAUUAGUGAUCAACUGUAUAAGUUGUUCAAGAGAAGACCGAGACAGCAGAAGCCACGCACGUUAGCCGAGCGAUCAAACAGUCUCGACCCCUACGGUGUUUCGGACUUUUCGGCCGAAGUAACAAUAUUUUCAACACAAGAUGGCCUUGCUGAGCUCGACAGUGAGGUUAAUAUUCCUGAAGGGGUGGAUAGCGCCCUCUGGGAGCGAUUGUGUAAUGCAAGGCGUAACAAAGUUGAAAGUGAAUCGAACGUUAAACAAAGCGUAACCACGCUUGCGGAUAUGAUGAAGUAUUUACAUCAUCGCCAAAACGAGGAUGAAGUUCUGGAACAUUCUAUUGAUGAUGUCAUAAAGCAACAAACCAAAUUAUGCGAAGACUCCAUGAAGAAUAUGUUGAACCUUGAGGUCCAGUUCCUGCUGAAGCAGGGUCAAGUUGAGAUUAACUGUGGGCCUUUCAUAUCUGAUUAUUCCGACAGUAUCCUUAUACACAGAGGAGUGGUGGAAGAUCUUAAUGGAACAAUAAGGACAUUAGGUGAAAGUAAAGUAGCGGCCAUGACAGAAAGCAAAGACUUCAAGAAAGGAAUCCACCAGUUAGAAUGGGAGAGGAAGAGAAUGGUGAUGCAGAUGGAAGAUCUUCAUAACAGAGCUCGUCACAUUCAGAUGCUUAAACUUACCAAGGACCUACAAGCUUUCUUGAAUGAAGAGAACAAUGCAGCGAAACAAUCGCAACAAGUGGCCGUUCUAGAACAAACUUUGGCCCUUCAGGACAAACAACUUCAGAAGAAUAUUUCACAUAAAAGCAAAUUGCAUAGAGAUCUUGAACGCACGAUACGGUUGAAGGAGCAAGAGAACCACCAGCUUGACAGGGUGUUAGAGGAACUCCAUGUUUCAGUUUCCGAACGAAAGAAUAUCGCUGAUGUUAAUGCUGGUGAACGUGCUAAAAACACAGCAGACAAACGAUUGAAAGGAAUCGUCCAGCGUCGCAAACUUGUUGAUCUUGCAAAGGCUCAAGCACAAGAGGUAGCUGUACUGCGUGCAGAAGUGGAAAGACUUCGGAUGAAAACUUUCCCUGCUCUUGUUCAAGUGGAGCGCUGAAUCUGGCAACACUGUUAACUUUAUUAUUAUCUGGAAACACUGUAAUAUUAUAUUUCUAUGUGCUGUUAAAGUUUGCUUUGAAUAAAAGAUAAUGCCAUUAGUUGUUACAGGUGUGAGGAUGCAGGUUUAAUUAAAGCAGUGUUUUCGCACCAGAUUAACAGCUAUUGCUUGAAUAGAUUUAAACCAAAGAUUGAGAACCACUGCUUUGAAUUGUCUUAACACAGACCUAUAUAUGGAAGAUGACAUAAUAGAGCAGAAGUAGUCUUUAGGAUAGCAUUUGAACAAACUAACUUACCAAGAUGAGAAACUGUUGUGAACUAGCGAACAAUUACUAAUCCAGGACUGCUAUUAGGACAAACUUACCAGGAAUUGUUGAACUUGCAGCUUACACAUAAAUACUCACAGCAUGUGGGUUCAUGUCUCAGAGCUUCAGUAUUUCUUCAUUUCUUGAAGUUAUUAUAUUUAAGUCAGACAAGCAGACAUCUCUUUUGAAUAUUUGGGUGGCCCCAUAGGGGCCGAGGGGAUAGAUGGUUUGGGGGUUUUGGUUUAUUUCAGGGGGUGUAUUGUAGGGUAAGGGGUAGGGGGGUCAUUAGGGGUAGAUGGGGUAAAAGGGUAAGUGGAACAAGGGUUUAUAAAAUGUGAAAAAAAAA